GCUUUCUCUCAGCACUUUCACUUCCUCCUGUCACCACUAGAGGGAGCACAUGCAGGAAGCCUUUAAUGUAAUCUAAUACAAACACGUACAAUAAACUGAUCAUAUCACAUUAACCUCUCCUUCUUUAUCUAUUUCUUCUCUCUGGCUUCAUACUAUCAGGGCCACAUGUCUGCUGCAUGCACACUCUCUGUUCUGUGGUCAGUUGGUGCUCAGCCUCUCCCAGUCUAAGCAAAAGUGAAAGUGUUGCUCAGACAGAGAGCAGAUCAGACUGGGACUAACAUGCCAGAGAUAUUAGAAACAAAUUAUCAAUCUCUUUCGUAAGUGGAUCAUUUUCAAUCAUUCCUUUCAGGCUAUAAAAACAGCAGAAUCUCUUCAAUGCAGCGGAAUAAUAGAGAUUAUAUUCUCCUAAGGGACAUGGAGUCGAACACACCAAAAGUGCCCUUUAAGAAGUUCUUCGUGAUAGUAUCCGGCAGAACCCAGGAUGCUCAUAAAUCCAUGGUUGAAAAUUUGAAAAGGAUUGGCCAGGUUGAGGUGUUCACUCUUGACAAGAGUGACUACAUUCUGCUGUUCUGUCCCAUCGCUUCAAGAGUGGGAACUGAUAUCAGUGAGGCCUUGGAGAACGUUCCAGAUGAUAAACAAGUGAUAAUGGUGGUGAUGCAUCACACCUUCAAUCCUGAGCAUAUUGUAGCCGACAGCAGGAGACUGGUGACCAACACAAACGUCUGCCUUGUCGUGGACACUCUCUUCUACGACGGACGUUUCCUGGACUGUAACCGCAAUGAGAUCGCAUUGCAUGAGAUCAGGACGCUUCUCGGAGUUCCUGCUCUACCGAGCCCUGUCGGGGGCAACUCCAGUUUGCCCUUUAAGAAGUUCUUCGUGAUAGUAUCCGGCAGAACCCAGGAUGCUCAUAAAUCCAUGGUUGAAAAUUUGAAAAGGAUUGACCAGGUUGAGGUGCCCACUCUUGAAAAGAGUGACUACAUUCUGCUGUUCUGUCCCAUCGCUUCACGAGAGGGAAUGGAUGUCAGUGAGGCCUUGGAGAACGUUCCAGAUGAUAAACAAGUGAUAAUGGUGGUGAUGCAUCACACCUUCAAUCCUGAGCAUAUUGUAGCCGACAGCAGGAGACUGGUGACCAACACAAACGUCUGCCUUGUCGUGGACACUCUCUUCUACGACGGACAUUUCCUGGGGAACUGUAACCGCAAUGAGAUCGCAUUGCAUGAGAUCAGGACGCUUCUCGGAGUUCCUGCUCUACCGAGCCCUGUCGGGGGCAACUCCAGUUUGCCCUUUAAGAAGUUCUUCGUGAUAGUAUCCGGCAGAACCCAGGAUGCUCAUAAAUCCAUGGUUGAAAAUUUGAAAAGGAUUGACCAGGUUGAGGUGUCCACUCUUGACAAGAGUGACUACAUUCUGCUGUUCUGUCCCAUCGCUUCACGAGAGGGAAUGGAUGUCAGUGAGGCCUUGGAGAACGUUCCAGAUGAUAAACAAGUGAUAAUGGUGGUGAUGCAUCACACCUUCAAUCCUGAGCAAACUGUAGCCGACAGCAGGAGACUGGUGACCAACCCAAACGUCUGCCUUGUCGUGGACACUCUCUUCUAUGACGGACAUUUCCUGGGGAACUGUAACCGCAAUGAGAUCGCAUUGUAUGAGAUGAAGACGCUUCUCGGAGUUCCUGCUCUUCUGAGCCGUUUUGGGGGCAACUCCAGUCUGCCCUUUAAGAAGUUCUUCGUGAUAGUAUCCGGCAGAACCCAGGAUGCUCAUAAAUCCAUGGUUGAAAAUUUGAAAAGGAUUGGCCAGGUUGAGGUGCCCACUCUUGACAAGAGUGACUACAUUCUGCUGUUCUGUCCCAUCCCUUCACGAGAGGGAAUGGAUGUCAGUGAGGCCUUGGAGAACGUUCCAGAUGAUAAACAAGUGAUAAUGGUGGUGAUGCAUCACACCUUCAAUCCUAAGCAAACUGUAGCCGACAGCAGGAGACUGGUGACCAACCCAAAUGUCUGCCUUGUCGUGGACACUCUCUUCUAUGAAGGAAAUCUACUGGGGAACUGUAACCACAAUGAGAUCGCAUUGCAUGAGAUGAAGAUGCUUCUCGGAGUUCCUGCUCUUCCGAGCACUUUCUGGGACAUCUGCAAUUGGUUCAAAAGACAGAAGACCUCCGUCAUCGUCGUUGGCAUCGUGGUGCUCGUGGUAACUGGGAUUGUCAUCGCUUUGGUAUUGCAGAAGAACAAGAAAAAAUAAACAGUUGGCUGUUACUUCCCAAGUUCAUUGUAGCAUGGCAUGAAAAUAUUCUUGGAGGGGCUGAUGAAUGUGUCAUGUAAUGCAUGCCUGAUAAAAUGUGAUGUUGUUUUAUUGGAGGGGGAUAAAGAUGUCUCUGUGUUGAAGCAUUUCAGUAUUAAGCUUUUAUUUUAAGACUCAUACAGGAGUGAGAUUCUAUAUCAAAAGAACAUAACUUACUCACGCAUAGGAUAAGAUCAGCAAGGUACCACUUUGUCCACAGGGGGGUGCAAAAAUCAACCGUAACAAAAAGUUACUAAAAGGAGCUUUAAAGCAUAAUCAAGUAUGUGAUAUCCGUACAGUGUGAUCAAGAGUGUGUAUGAACAUUUGUUGAAAAUGGACCAUGAAGUAAUUUACUUUCUGUAAACUUAAAUAAAGUCCCCUGUCUGUC